GGCUUGGACACCUGGCAUAUCUCAGCCCUCGUGCUUCCUUCGGGUGGCAUGGCAGCUAGGCACCGAAAGGGUGCAACAGCUGAACAAUUCAAUCCAAUCGUCCUACUUUUGAAUGGAGUUAAGGUUUACAACUUGACAGCAAAUAGAGCAUUGCCCGAGUGGGCUUCGAGGGCGGAGAAACGUAAGAAAAUGUCACAAGAUUCAGGCAUUGCUCGGCAUAUUGAACUGAUCCAAGAAUUGGAAAUGCCUGAUUCUGCUACCUAUAUCACCUCUUCCCCCGAUGGCCAAUAUCUUUUUACUUUGGGCAGAUAUAAGCCCAGAGUUAAAUGCUACGAGCUUGGUAACUUGUCCUUAAAAUUUGACCGUUGUGUGGAUUACCUUCCGUAUCGAAUGGAGAUUUUGAGCGAUGACUAUUCCAAAUUUGUAUUACUUGAAGAGGAACGCUGGGUUGAUGUGCAUGCCGCUGGUGGACACUUUUUCAAGUUCCGGAUUCCCAAACCAGGAGUCGAUAUAGCCUACUCUCCAUUCACAUGCGAUUUAUUUAUCGCAUCGUCACGCAGUUCCAUCUACCGAAUGAACUUGCUCGAGGGUCGAUUUAACACACCUCUUGUCAGUUCACACUUGGACGGCACAGCCCAUGGUUUUACUGCUUCCGCGUACGGGAAAGAACACAGUCUUUUGUUGGCAUCUUCUUCUCUAGGUCGGGUUGAUGGAUGGGAUGCAAGGACAGGUGAAUGUGUAUUUGGGAUGAACGUCUCGGAAUAUGCUCCCCCGCCAGAAGAUGUCCGUGAUCCGUACACAGGGAAACGAAAAUCGGGUACGGGCAGUGUAACCUGUCUCAAGUACAAGGAUUCCUUAAAUGUUGCCGUUGGGACUGUGGAUGGCAUGGUUUAUUUAUAUGAUUUGCGACAGAAUCGCCAGCCCUGGCACAUCCGUGAUACAGAAUUUCGGAAACCUGUAAAAACUGUCGAGUUCUGCGAAGAUAAACUAAUUGCGCUGAUGCCACAUUGUCUAAAGUGCUGGUUCAUUGAAAAUGGGAAGAUCUUUGUUGGCUUUGAUACCGGGCGUGCUGAAUGCAACUGGAUGCACCACUUUGCUAAUAGUGGUCUCAUCAUGCUCGCUAUGGAAUCACCCAAGAUUUCCACCUAUUUCAUCCCUUUGUUGGGCGAGGCCCCUUCUUGGUGUAGUCAUUUGGAUCGGCUGGUACUUGAGUGUGAACCAGAUGUUACUACUAUGUACGACGGAUAUAAGUUUGUAACACGUUCUGAACUGUCUGAACUGGGGAUGUUGGAACUGAUUGGAACUCAGUUUUUGCGCGCCUAUAUGCAUGGAUACUUUGUUUCCACUCGUCUUUACAAUAAAGUCAAGGAAAAACUUGGAUUGCUAUCAGAACCUUCCCCCGCUCCUCUCAAACCGGCUCCUUCUGCUUCCACUAGAACAAAGCAUGAUGUUGAUUUCAACGAGGAAUUAUUGGAAGCAGCUGUUGACACUCGUUUUGCCAAACUAACGAAACAUCCAAAAAUGACGUUUAACGUGAACGACGAGGAGUCAGAUCUAAUGCGUAUUCAUCAAGCAAGACUUAUCAAGAAGCGGAAGAGGAAAGCGUUGCGAAAAGAUCGAGCUCAACGUGCUCAGGCUUUGGUGACACAAAUGAAUCGCGGCCGUCGUCGUGGCGGACCAGGUUUGACAGGUCUUAGAGACGGAGUGAAGCGACGCCUGUUUGACCCUCACUCAGUCCCAACCAAACCGGAUGCAAAAUACGAGGUCAAUCGCUUGGUUCCUCUGACCUCUACUAAACCUCUGGUGCAUAGUUUGCUCAGUCUCCGAGCUUCCGCUGCUUCUGGUGACUCCUCAGUCAUCGGGACGCAAGAGGAGGAGCAAAGUCAUUCUGACAAGCUUCGGAAAAAUUUGUUCAAAUCAAAAGCCAUGCUGCAGCUUGCCUUCCGCAAUGGUCCAUUCUACCAUACACUGCCAGAGCGCUCGGAGGGCAUCGACCUGGCGCGAACAUUUCAUGGGGCGGAUAGCUCUAUGAAGGAAAACACUGCAGUAUUACUGUCACAUCUAUUGUUGGCACACGAGGAUAUCAAGCAGUGGGGAGACGGUGAGCUGUUGAAGGACGUUGAGAAUCCAGACUCGUGGUACCCUAAGGAAGUAGUUCAGUUCACAAAAUUCAGCAAGAAAACUUUGGCUCGCCAGCGGGCUCGAAAAAGGCUAACCGAACAACAGACAAUCGCUAACAGGACAGUAGAAGCAGCGGUCAAGUUUUCCACUGAAGGAGCGGUGGAGGAUACAUCCGUCCAGCGUGAUGUUGAUGAGGUUUUGCAGCAGGUGGAAGGUGAACUUGCCGAUGUCGUUGAACCGGACAAAGCUGAUCAAGAUUCUGAAGCGGACUCGGAUGAUGCGCGUUGGAAUGGGGAUGUAAAUGUCGAAGGCGAUGGAGAUGACAUAGAUGACGAGGAAAUCGACAACGACUAUUGUCAGGCCUACUUUGAUAACGGCGAAGGUGACCUCAGCGACGAUGCCCUUGGUGGUGACGACGAAGAUGGUGGUGGCAGCAGAUACUUUGACUGACAACAUACUCGAAAAUUAUUCUGUGUAUAUGUAUAUAGCUAUUCAAAUUGAAAUACAUCACCUCAUGGUCUACACACGAAAUGUUAGCUGAUCUGAUAUUUCUGUUUUUGACUCCGAU